UUUAUGAAAUUCUUGGAUAGCAAAGGUGAAUUCAAAACAUCCAUAAAAAAUGAUAUAAAAGGGAUGUUAAGUCUACAAGAGGCCGCAGAUUUGAGGUUCCGAGGGGAAGAUAUAUUGGAGAAAGCUUUCAAUUUUACCACAAAACAAUUUGAGACUAUGUUAUUGCAUGAUCGUGAUCUAAUAGAUCACAUUAAUCCACACCUUGCCCAACAAGUAACUAAUGCUCUAAACCAAACCUUGCUUAAAGGUUUUAUAAGGAUGGAUGUAAGAAGUUACUUCUCCUUCUACGAGAAUUGCAAUACACAUGAUAAGAAAUUGCUAGAGUUCGCAAAACUCGAUUUCAACAUAUUGCAGAGAGUGCACCAAAAAGAAUUGGCAGAACUCACUAGGUGGUGGAAGGAUUUGGACAUUAUAAACAAAUGUCCAUUCGCAAGGGAUAGACUCGUGGAGUGUUACUUUUGUGCUUUGACGGUUUACUUUGAGCCUAAAUAUGCAUACGGUAGGAAAGUGUUUACUAAGAUAACAACAUUUUUAUCUAUAUUGUAUGAUAUAUACGAUGCUUAUGGAACUUGGGAAGAACUUGUGCUCUUUACUGAUGCAAUUAAUAGGUAUAUUGAAUAUACUUGUAUUCUUAACCAGAAAGGAAAUUAAUUAAAUUAAUCAAUCAUAUUUCUUUUUUAUUAUUUUCAGGUGGGAGAGAAAUGACUUAAAUGAAUUAUCAGAAUAUAUAAUAUAUUUUAAUGAUGCACUUCAUGAUUAUAUUGAACUCUUAAAAAAUGAGUGUGUUGAACGAGGAAUGGUUGAUGGCAUUCAAUAUCUCAAACAAAUG